AUGUUCCAACCCCAUGUUGCAGCCCAUGUUUCUCGCCCUUCCUCUCAACGUGUUGCAUCUUCUUCUGCCACUCGCGCUACAGCCGUAACUACUCCUUGCACCACGACUCGAGCUGCUUCCCGUGCUGCCACCCGGUCCGCUUUGGCGCCUCACACUACUAACAUCACUGCCAACCGCAUCACGAGGAGCACGACCACCCACACCACCGGCGUCACUAGCAUCCGCACCAUCAGCACUACAGAUGUCCGCACUAACAGAACCACUGCCGCUCGCAUUACCGACACAACUGCCGCCCGUAUUAUCGGCACAACUGCCGCCCGCAUUACCGGCACAACUGCCGCCCGCAUUACCAGCACAACUGCCGCCCGCAUUACCGGCACAACUGCCGCCCGCAUUACCGGCACAACUGCCGCCCGCAUUACCGGCACAACUGCCGCCCGCACCACCCGCUCCAUUUCCGCCGGCACUACCAGCACCGCUGCCACCCGCACCAAUGGCUCCUCUGCUCCCCGCGCCACUGGUACUUCUGCCACCCACACCAACAGCACCACCGCCGUCCGCGUCGCCGACACCAUUGCCGCCCGCACCACCAGCAGCACUGCAAGCCGCACUGACAGCUUCACUGGCACUGGCAGCACAGUGACUUGUUACGGAGUGGCAGCUGCCUCUGGUGCCACACGGUCCGGCUGGAGCAGUCCGUUUUCAGCUGCGGAUUCGCGCGCCAACGCGUGUAUUGUUGGAGCUAUCCCCUCCCAUGUUGCAGCCCAUGUUUCUCGCCCUUCCUCUCAACGUGUUGCAUCUUCCUCUGCCACUCGCGCUACAGCCGUAACUACUCCUUGCACCACGACUCGAGCUGCUUCCCGUGCUGCCACCCGGUCCGCUUUGGCGCCUCACACUACUAACAUCAUUGCCAACCGCAUCACGAGGAGCACGACCACCCACACCACCGGCGUCACUAGCAUCCGCACCAUCAGCACUACAGAUGUCCGCACUAACAGAACCACUGCCGCUCGCAUUACCGACACAACUGCCGCCCGUAUUAUCGGCACAACUGCCGCCCGCAUUACCGGCACAACUGCCGCCCGCAUUACCAGCACAACUGCCGCCCGCAUUACCGGCACAACUGCCGCCCGCAUUACCGGCACAACUGCCGCCCGCAUUACCGGCACAACUGCCGCCCGCACCACCCGCUCCAUUUCCGCCGGCACUACCAGCACCGCUGCCACCCGCACCAAUGGCUCAUCUGCUCCCCGCGCCACUGGUACUUCUGCCACCCACACCAACAGCACCACCGCCGUCCGCGUCGCCGACACCAUUGCCGCCCGCACCACCAGCAGCACUGCAAGCCGCACUGACAGCUUCACUGGCACUGGCAGCACAGUGACUUGUUACGGAGUGGCAGCUGCCUCUGGUGCCACACGGUCCGGCUGGAGCAGUCCGUUUUCAGCUGCGGAUUCGCGUGCCAACGCGUGUAUUGUUGGAGCUGAGAACACGCAUGCUGAGUCAACCUCCUCCUCACACCAGGGGCAGUGA